CAGUAAUAAAUAGAGCGAUGCUGUGCUGGCUGUAUGGGAAUGUGAGUGUGAGUGGGCACACCGACUUAAGGAGAGCGGGGAGGGGAGCUCGGCCCAGCCAGGCGGGGCCUGUUCUACUAUCAGAGCGCUGUGUGCAGGCUGCCAGCUCGGAGUGCUAGGCUGCAGCCAGGCGGGGGCGGCCCGGGUGAACGAUCAGCCUCACUGCGCCGGCCGGCCGGGGAGAAGGCUCUGCUGUCCCUAUAAGGGAGCUGUCUGCUGGGGAGCUUGCCGCAUGGUUACAGCUGUCUGCGGGAAGAACGAUGUUCACACUGGCAUGUUGACAGGAUUCCAUUGCCCAGCGGAUUAGAACGGUCAGGAGGGUCUUGGAAAUAAUCGAUUGCAUAAAUGACCUCUGUGCACAUUCCCCUUCACCCCAGAUGACUUACAACUGAAGAAAGAUGUCUACUGUAACUGAAAAUGGAAACGCUACUACAGGCGAUAUACCAAAUGUGGAGAAAACAUACAAAAAGGCAGCAUCAUCCGAAAUUAAAGGCACCAUUCAGCUGGGAAUAGGCUACACGGUGGGUAACCUUACAUCCAAGCCAGACAGAGAUGUACUUAUGCAAGACUUUUAUGUAGUGGAAAGUGUGUUUUUACCAAGUGAAGGGAGCAAUCUGACCCCAGCCCAUCAUUACUCAGAUUUCCGAUUUAAGACCUACGCUCCAAUGGCGUUCCGAUACUUCAGGGAACUUUUUGGUAUCAAGCCUGAUGAUUACCUGUAUUCACUCUGCAACGAGCCCUUGAUUGAAUUGUCCAACCCUGGCGCAAGUGGCUCCAUGUUCUUCGUAACCAGCGAUGACGAAUUUAUCAUCAAAACUGUUCAGAACAAAGAAGCUGAAUUUCUUCAGAAGCUUCUGCCUGGUUACUAUAUGAAUUUGAAUCAAAAUCCUUGGACACUUUUGCCCAAGUUUUAUGGACUUUAUUGUCAUCAGUCUGGGGGUAAAAACACUAGGCUUGUUGUAAUGAACAAUGUUUUGCCACGAUCGAUGAGGAUGCAUUACAAAUAUGACCUGAAAGGCUCAACAUACAAACGCAGAGCAUCACGGAAAGAACGUGAGAAAUCAUGCCCCACAUACAAGGACCUGGAUUUUCUACAAGACAUGCGUGAAGGAUUAUACUUUGAUCCAGACACGUACAGUGCAUUGAUGAAAACAUUAGAAAGAGACUGCAGAGUUCUAGAAAGCUUCAAAAUCAUGGAUUACAGCCUGCUUUUAGGAGUCCACGUGCUCGACCACGCAGCCAAAGACAAAGAAGGUGAAACUUCUCAUUACAAUAUUGACAAUAAGCGUCCGUCGGUGCAAAAAGUUCUGUAUUCCACUGCUCUCGAAUCUAUACAAGGCCCAGGGAAAAAAGUAGACACACUCAUAAAGGAGAGCACAAUGGGAGGCAUUCCUGCAAAAAACCACAAGGGGGAAAGACUAUUGCUUUUCAUGGGUAUUAUUGACAUACUGCAGUCGUACAGGUUCAUAAAAAAAUUGGAACAUUCGUGGAAAGCUCUGGUCUAUGAUGGGGACACAGUGUCAGUACACAGGCCAAGUUUUUAUGCUGACCGAUUUUUGAAGUUUAUGAACGCAAGAGUCUUUAAAAAAGUCCAAGCUUUAAAGUCUUCGCCUUCCAAAAGACGUUGCAACUCAAUCCCUGCUCUCAAGGCUUCUUCCCAAGAGAUAUUGUCUGCCAACAAUCAAGAAGAGAAGAACAAGAGACUUACCGAAGGCCAAAGUUUUACUAGCCUUGACGAGGAAGGUAUUCAAACAUUAAAUUCAAGGCAUCGACCUGACCUUGUGCCAAGUACCCCAUCUUUAUUUGAAGCUGCUUCCUUAGCAACAACAAUAUCCUCCUCCUCGUUAUUUGUUGAUGAUCAGUAUCACCACGAAGACACUAUUCGGUAUUCCAACAGAAGAGGCCAGCCUUCAAGUUCAACGUUCACUCUAGAAGACAGUGCCUACCAGACAUCUGAGCAGAGCACUAUAGAAAUGGAAAACGACAAUGUGUCUGUAUUUGAUGUCUACUUAGUAAGUAUUAUUAUACUAUAUAAGUAUAGGUAUUAUCUUAGCCCCUUCAUUAGUGAGCACAUCCAGACCAACAUGCAUAGGUUAAAGGGACACUAUUGGCACCAAAUCCACUUUAGCUCAAUUAAGAAGUUUUAGUGUAUAGAUCAUGCC